ACCCGGGGUGGCGAGCGAGGCGUUGGGCCUGUGGCCGCCGCGGUUGCUAGGCCCACCGCGCGAUCGCGGAUGGCUUCCACGGUUGUCUCGAAGGACUUGCAUUGCCGAGAAGUCCUGCUACAAGGAAGGAUAUGCUGAGCUAUAUAAGACCAGAAGCAAUCGCUUAGAGGGCAUACAGCCAUCCAGCGCAAUUCCCCUUCACCCCAAGCACCUUCAGCCACCUAGACUAACCACUCAAGAUGUCGCACGGCAAGCAAUUCACGCUCUACACCCACAAGGGCGGUCCAAACGGCUGGAAGGUCGCAUUCGUCUUGACGGAGCUUGGCCUCACCUACGAGAGCGUCUACCUCGACUUUGGCAAGCUCGAGCAGAAGUCGUCCGAGUACACCCAGUACAACCCGAACGGGCGUAUCCCGACCGUCAUUGACCACAAGAACAACGACUUCACCAUUUGGGAGUCGAACGCGAUCAUCACCUACCUCGUCGAGAAGUACGACACCGCCCACCGUAUCUCUGCGGCGACGCCCGAAGAUAAGAUCAAGCAGCUUCAGUGGCUCUUCUUCCAGGCCUCCGGCCAGGGCCCGUACUUCGGCCAGGGGAUCUGGUUCAAAGUGUACCACCCCGAGCCGGUCCCUAGCGCUGUCGUGAGGUACCAGAGGGAGGCGGUGCGCGUGAUCGGCGUGCUCGACGGCGUGCUCAAGAAGCAGGAGUGGCUCGUCGGCGGGAAGCCCAGCGUCGCCGAUUUUUCCUUCGUCUCGUGGACCAAUGCCGGGCUUUUUAUGGUGCUCGCAGACUUCACUGAGGCCAACAUCGAGAAGGACUACCCGCACUUCUGGAACUGGCACCAGAAGCUGAUGGCGAUACCCUCGAUCAAGAAGGUCUGGGAUGAGAAGACCGCCAUCCAGGCUGCGUAGGUGCACUGAGAUUUUGAGGGUAACGAGUCUCGAAGGCUACGUCGAUGAGAAGGAAGGACGAUGAACGCCGUGUAUGUUAUACCUGCUUCGGCAAAUCGAGCUGGGCUUGCUUCGCGAUCCCCUUCUUUGCUCGACUGGCUAUGCUAUGAUGGCUGGACAUCUAGGUUUGCAUCUCCCAUCUUUGUGCGGUUUGACUAAUUACCGUGCAA